GUUUCUCUGGAUCGCCCGUGUGUCUCUGCCACUAGUUAUCCCUGCGUUCGUGUAGAGCGUCAGUUCCGGCGGCAAGCCGCUUUUCCCCGGAUGUUUGCGGGCUGGGAUUAACCCCGGAAAUGCCGGACGAAGCUGGUGGGAGCGGAGCGCUGCAGGAAUCGCGGCCCGGCCUCGGCGAACUCCGCUCCUGACACCGGCGGCGAAUUCGAGAGGCCGAGUGCGGCGGGCGGCCCGGCGGCUUGCGCCAGGGGCCUGGGGUUGACCGCCCCCCACUGCCGGCUGUAGGGAUGUCGGCGGAGAUCAUCGACACCCCCCCGCUGCACUUCGAGGAGAUCGACUACAAUGAGAUUGAUGUGGAGGAGGUUGUUGGAAGAGGAGCUUUUGGAGUUGUGUGUAAAGCAAAAUGGCGUGGUAAAGAUGUAGCUAUAAAGCAAAUUGAAAGUGAAUCAGAGAGGAAAGCAUUCAUCGUAGAGCUUCGGCAGUUGUCACGCGUAACGCACCCCAAUAUUGUAAAACUGUAUGGAGCUUGUCUGAAUCCAGUCUGUCUCGUUAUGGAAUAUGCAGAAGGAGGCUCCCUUUACAAUGUGCUACAUGGGGCCGAGCCCCUACCAUUUUACACUGCAGCCCACGCAAUGAAUUGGUGUUUGCAAUGUGCACAAGGAGUGGCGUACCUACAUGGCAUGAAACCCAAGGCUUUAAUCCACAGGGACUUGAAACCACCAAAUUUACUGCUGGUUGCUGGUGGGACAGUUCUGAAAAUCUGUGAUUUUGGCACAGCGUGUGAUAUUCAAACUCACAUGACCAACAACAAAGGAAGUGCAGCUUGGAUGGCCCCAGAGGUUUUUGAAGGUAGUAAUUAUAGUGAAAAGUGCGAUGUCUUCAGCUGGGGUAUCAUCCUUUGGGAAGUAAUAACUAGGCGAAAACCUUUUGAUGAAAUUGGUGGCCCUGCUUUUCGCAUCAUGUGGGCUGUUCAUAAUGGUACUCGACCACCUCUAAUCAAAAAUCUACCUAAACCUAUUGAGAGUCUAAUGACUCGCUGUUGGUCAAAAGAUCCUGCACAACGCCCCUCAAUGGAAGAGAUAGUAAGAAUAAUGACUCAUUUAAUGAAGUAUUUCCCAGGAGCUGAAGAACCUCUUCAGUACCCAUGCCACUACUCUGAUGUAAGCCAAAGUAAUUCUGCUACAAGCACAGGAUCUUUUUUGGAAAUUACCUCCACAAAUACCAGUAACAAAAGUGAUGCUUGUGUAGAACCUAGUGACUUACAUGCAAAUGCUACCAAUGAUACAAUUAAGCGUUUGGAAUCAAAGCUGGCUCAGCAGCUUAAACUCCAGCCCAAACAGACAAGUGACUCUGCACGAUUAAAUCUGCCACUGUCUCGAGGAAGUAGUGUGGAGAGCCUGUCCGGAGGCCGCACACAGUCUGCUGCUGCCACAAUGGACGGAAAAAGAUUGAGUGCUGACCUCAGCAAUUAUUCUGAAUUGGAGGCUAGAAUCAUGAAUGCUACCACAGCCCGCCCAAAGCCAAAGCGAGGCCACCGUAAAACUGCUUCAUUUGGCACCAUACUGGAUGUUCCUCAGAUCGUCAUAUCAGGCAGUGAACAGCAAAGGCGCAGGUCUAUUCAGGACUUAACAAUUGUUGGAUCAGAGUCUAAUCAGGGCAGCAGAAAUAGCAGCCGGUCAUCUAGUCCUAGCGUAAGAAUGAUCACUGCUGCAGGCACGCCUUCGGAGAAAGCUACCCGCAACUAUGCAUGGACACCAGAUGAAUCAACAGAUACAAAUGGCUCUGAUAACUCUAUUCCAAUGGCAUAUCUUACCCUGGAUCACCAGUUGCAGCCAUUAGCUCCAUGUCCAAACUCCAAAGAAUCCAUGUCUGUAUUUGAGCAGCAUUGCAAAAUGGCUCAGGAAUACCUGAAAGUUCAAACUGAAAUAGCAUUGCUACUACAGAGAAAGCAAGAACUAAUAGCAGAACUGGACCAGGAUGAAAAAGAUCAACAGAAUACCUCCCGGUUGGUUCAAGAGCAUAAGAAGCUUUUGGAAGAAAACAAAAGUUUAUCCACGUACUAUCAACAAUGUAAGAAACAACUAGAAUACAUAAGAGCCCAACAGCAAAAGCGACAGGGGACAUCAUGAGGCAAUGGAAAGCAUAGGCCGUCAUUUCUCUGCUGUGUGCCCCAAGACUGUUGGUUACACACGUAACGACUGAUUGUAUUGGAAGAUUACCUAUUAUGGAUAACUUAAUUCAGUGUUUGGGCCUCUGUUAUGUUCUGUAAGUGUAUUUCUGUACAUCUGACAAACUUUGAUUUUAGUUUUUUUUUAAAAUAGUGUAGUAUUUAAUUUCAUUCCAUGCAUAUUUUAGUUAUAUCAUCAUUUAGAUUUGAGAGAUGUUUCAGAUAAAGUUGUGGCAAUAAAUUAUUUGUAUGAAACUGCAAUUCAGCUAAAAUGUUACAAGGAAGGAAGAAGAUAUCUAAACCAAGACAAACUGAGUAUUGGGUCCCUCUGAUCGUUUUUACCAUAAUGCCUGAUGUUAACUUGUGCCUUGGGGGCUAGCAGUAUUUUCCUUUGGUCAUUAGACAGUGACUACUUUUUUUUUAAUGGAAUCAGACCUUCAGUAAAGGUUGUUCUCCUGAGCUCAAUGCUAAUAAAAAAAAAUAUUCUAUGUGCUGCACGUUUUGGAGAGUUCUGCAGUAUUACUCACUAAUAUUACUGUCAGAGGUCAUUGUAAAGUGAGUACCAUGCAUUGAGCAUAAUUAUUUCAUUCCCUUCUUUGACAAGUUGCUUAUUCUGCAGCAAGAAACUUAUUUUUAAUUAAAUUUCAGAAGUUUCCCUAAAAGGUGCUGCCAUUAACUGGAUAACUGUCUUCAAUUUAGUGCCACAAUAGUGGCCUUCUUUCUUAAAUAUGACUUGUACGUGACACACCUCUUAAAGUUUUAAGUAUCAAAUAAAUAUAUAAUCUAUAGAAUUGGCAGUUAUACUGGAACACUGAAUUUUAAGAAACAAAAUGGCACCCAUAAAACAUAUGGGAUGAUCCAACAUGUGAUAACAGCGGCCCCCAUAAAGUAUGCAUCUCAACAAAUCAUGGGUUUGUGAUGUUUCCUGGAGGCACUAAAUCACAAUGCCGCUUUUUAUCCUAUCCUAAAAAUCAGAUCUAUGGUUUUUCUGUAGAUUAAUUGUAGAUUUGUUCAAGGCAUUCAUACAAAUUUACUGAAACCUGAGUGUUCUGGUCUAACUACGUUUUUUUAAAAUUUUUUUUCUUUCCUUUAAUGUUGAUUUGGCUAUUACAAAAUAUAAAUGCCCUUCAGAUUUUUGGGCAGAGAUGUUCUUCCAAAUAUCAAGUUUGAAACUGUCCUCCGAAAUUCAGCGGACCUGUUUGACAACAAGAAGUUGGAUAUUGCACUUUAUUUUUUUUUUUCUUAGCAUGGAGCAUAGAUGGGUUUAUUAGAGAUGCAGCUAGGCCAGGUGGAGUUAACAGUACUGUAAUUGUUUACAUUCUCUAAAUUAGCUUCAGCAUAAGUUCCGCCAAGGAUUGGAUAAUGUGACAUAAAUGAAAUAUUGGUUGCAUUGAUAAAUGCAGUGCCAAGAUGAAUAUAAUGAUCAGAUAUUCAGUCAAGCACGCACACCCUCUCACUCAUUCUUUGGUGGGAGGUAGGUCAUUAGAGUUGUGCAAGUUACAGCCAUGAUGUCAAAAUAAGUAUUUUUGUUAGAGAUCAUAUCCUUUUUGAAGGAUGUAUAUAAGCUGGAUUAAAACAAUCAGAUAAGAA